AAAGUAACGGAAGAAUGCUCCUGACCUUGAGAACCAAGGUGAAAAUGGCAUCAUCGCCCAGGUUUUCCCGCCAUGUCUCAUAUGUUCAAACUGCAAUAACUACCCAUAACAGUCAACCAAAACAUCAUGACCAUCGUCAAAAGUCUGAUGCAUUAUCUGAAAAUCUCUUGCUUCUCUUGAAGCAAUGCAAAUCCAUCCGUCCCGUCCAGCAAAUCCAUGCCCAAAUACUUAUUAAUUCCAUUUACAAGCACAACUUUCUCCUUGCAAAACUCAUUGCUCUAAAAGACUUCAGCUAUUCCCUUCAGCUCUUCUUGCAUCUUCCCCAUCCUAAUGACUAUGCAUUCAACGUUUUCAUUAGAGGGCUCACGACAACGUGGGGAAAAUUUGAUCUUGCAUUGCAAUUUUACUGCAAAAUGAAGUCUUUAGGUGUAAAACCGGAUAAUUUCACGUACCCGUUUGUGUUUAUUUCCUGUGGCAAUCUUUUGGACUUUGGGCAUGGUAGAUUAGCUCAUUGUGAGGUGUGGAAAAAUGGGCUGUGGUUGGAUUUUCAUGUGUGUCAUUCUUUGAUCACGAUGUACUCGAGGUUUGGUGAGUUGAGUUUUGCACGGAAAGUGUUUGAUGAAAUUCCGGUUAGAGAUUUGGUGUCGUGGAAUUCAAUGAUUUCUGGGUAUUCCAGGGCUGGUUUUGCUGGAGAGGCGGUGGAGUUGUUUUAUAAAAUGAGGAAUGAAGAGGUUGCACCUGAUGAAAUGACUCUUGUGAGUGUUCUUGGUGCUUGUGGGGACUUGGGGAACCUGGACUUGGGGAGCUCUAUUGAGAAGUAUGUUGUGGAGAAAAGCAUGGAGAUAAAUUCUUACAUGGGGUCAGCUUUGAUUGACAUGUAUGGGAAAUGUGGGGAUUUGGGCUCUGCAAGGAGGAUAUUUGACAAUAUGGGGAAGAAAGAUGUGGUUACUUGGAAUGCCAUGAUUACUGGAUACGCACAAAAUGGCUUGUCAGAUAAAGCAAUGUGCUUAUUCAAUGCCAUGAAAGCUGCAGGGGUGGAUGUGGAUAAAAUCACUGUGAUUGGAGUGUUGUCUGCAUGUGCUUCAGUUGGAGCUUUGGACUUUGGAAAAUCUAUAUACAAGUAUGCAUCACAAAGUGGCUUAAUGGAUGACAUAUAUGUUGGUACUGCAUUGAUUGACAUGUUUGCUAAGUGUGGGAAUCUGGACCUUGCAUUUCAAGUUUUUGGAGACAUGCCCAUAAAAAAUGAGGUAUCCUGGAAUGCAAUGAUCUCUGCUCUUGCUUUUCAUGGGCAAGCUCAAGAGGCUCUGUCAUUGUUUGAGCGCAUGUUAAGGGAGGGUGGUAGUACUUCCUGUCCAAAUGACAUCACAUUUGUUGGUCUGCUUUCUGCAUGUGUACAUGCUGGAUUGGUCGAUGAAGGCUGCCACUUGAUUGAUUUGAUGAGCUCAUCUUUUGGUCUGGUUCCGAAAAUUGAACAUUACUCUUGCAUGGUGGAUCUUUUCUCACGUGCUGGACGAGUAUAUGAAGCAUGGAACUUGAUUGAGAAGAUGCCAGAAAAGCCGGAUGAAGUUCUCUUAGGAGCACUCCUUGGUGCCUGUAAUAAAAUUAAAAAUGUUGAUGUUGGUGAGCGCGUAAUGCAGCUUCUCCUGGAGAUGGAGCCUUCAAACUCUGGCAACUAUGUGAUUGCAUCAAAAAUCUAUGCAAAUCAAGAUAGGUGGGUUGAUUCAGCAAGGAUAAGAUUGUUGAUGAGACAGAAAGGCAUAAGUAAGACUCCAGGUUGUAGCUGGAUUGAAAUGGAUAAUAAACUUCUUGAAUUUCAUGCUGGUGAAACUUUACAUAGUGCACAAAAGGUUUAUCAAGUGCUUAACAUGCUGUACAAAGAGAUGAUGAUGGAAGGUGGAAUGUCAGAUUCAUAUGUUCACUUAGUGGAAGAGUAGAACUUUAGAUAUUGGCAGGUUUGUGGAUGGUUCCAUUUGUUUAUUUCUUCUGCUCAAGCUGAAAAUGAGAAAGGAAAUGAAGAAAGAGGAGAUUUACCAAAUAUGUUUGCAUCUACAUUGCUGAGGUUAUUGCUCAGAAUCUGGAGAAGGUGGUGAUUAUCACUGAAAGUUGACAGAGCGGAUGAGGAUUGAAUAAGAAACAAAUGCUUUGAAGCAUUCGGCCUCAAGGUGAAGCUCUUUCAAUACCAAGGAGAAAUUUCUGUCCCGAACAUUGGUGGUUGGACUGGUGCUUCAAUGGCUCUUAUAUUAGUGGAUUUGAGUUAAUGCUUUGUUGGUCAUUUAAUCACUUUGUAGCGGUUUUGAAAUUGACAUGAAAUCUAGACAGGUGUGGGCAAUUGGAAAAUGCCUUGGGUGCAGAUUUUCUAUGAACAAGUUCAUCAUCUGUGUGUUCAAGCUUGAGCUAGGUUCAAUAUAAUCAGCUGUGAGCUCCAUUGAGUUCCAAUAGUCAAGGUUGAACUUGACUUGGUAAAAUCUAAAGCUCAGGGUUCAGAUUAGAAGUCAAGUUUAUCUAUUCAGGCCUGUGUUAAAUCAUACUCACGUUCAUCUAUUUUUCUCUUUGCUUUUGUUCCCAUUUGGAUAUCUUUUAUUAAGUUACGAUCUGUGAUUGAAGUUACCUGAUUGGAUACCAGAAGCUUUGAACCUUCAGACUAGAUGAGUUCUGCAGAAAGGAUUGUUAAAUAAAUAAAAAAAGGCGAAAUUUAAUUGUGGAAACUGAAAUAGAAUAAAGAAAAGGAAAUGCUCAGAUGUCAAUAUUUGUUUUAAUUUCCUUUUAAAAUAUUUGCAAAACAACUAGUAGAUUGUCCAAUUUCGGGUUUUCUAAAAAUAUGCCAAUACUGACAUCAAAAACCAGAAAGGGAAAAAAGAGGAAAAAGAAAACAGCCAUAGAAACAUAUGUGACUUGAGCAAAGAGUAUUGAACAGAAAAAUUGCAGAUUUCAUUUUGCUUGCAUAAUAAAUCAUUGCAGCAUUUCACCUUGUAGGGUAUGGGAAUCGCCUAGUAACCAUGUCUGAGUCCUCAUUCAGGUAGGAAGGAGUAUAAUAUUGGAGGAAUUGAUUUCAGCAUUGAUCAUGUCACUUCUUUAUAAUGGCUAUAUCUUUUUAUCCUCCAUCGUAUCUGUAUAGUAAAUCUACUAAGUAGGAUCUAGUUUUCCCCACUUUUUGUGGGAUUAAAAGAUUGUGAUGUAGAUUAG